AGAAAGGAGAGGGGGGAGGGCUAUUCGCGGGAAAAAUGGCGGAACUGUGUGCGAUAGAAGUGUUUUGAUCCGAAAACAUGCAAACUAUCGUCUAUUAAGUCUCUUCCUGUGUUUGUCUUCCCAUGAAACUUGAAGCUUUUAUUAAAAAAAAUCGUUAUAAUUUUUAAAUGGUCAUCAAACGACAAAGAUGCAAAGUGAUUCAGCUCAAUUUUUAAAUGCUGAGCCCAUCAAAGAAGUCGGCAAGUUUUCUGCACAACCGACAGUCAAAUCUUUCAAGUGCGGCAAAUGUACUUUAGUCUUCAAAUCCAAAGUUUAUCUUUUUGAGCAUCUGAACAAUGUGCACGGCUUGGAUGUGCACACUGCUCUCCAAGAUGCUGGCUUAAAAUAUGCAGAGGCAGACAAAAACUUGAGCUCAGAAAAAAAGAAUCUUAAAUGCCAGCACUGUGAUUUUAAAACGUGCCACCAGGAUCUUUUUAAAAAACACAAAAAACAGUGCCCCCAAAAUGAGAACUUGACGGAAGCUUUAAGCAGCUCUAAAAACCAAGGCGAUGAAGAAGCUGGCAUACCAGCUGACCAUCUCAGCGAAGCUGCAGAGUUGGAAGAGAUUCCUUCGGUUCUUUCAGAUGCAUCUACCUCAGUGACAAAAUGCUCGCUUGGCUUAUUGAAGGACCUAAAAACAUACAAGAGACCACCACAAACUUUCGACAAUCACUUCAAAAAUCCACCUGGAUUAAACGGGACUGAAGCGGCAGAUGACUCUAUAGAAACUCUGAUUUUGCAGGAAACUCUUGUAGCUUCCAGUCCUGAUAGUAACAGUGUUUCUCAGGCGACUGGGAAAUCUAUGAUUGAUGUUACAGUUCGUGGAUGUAGUGAACUUUUGCUAUCUGAUAAUUUCAGUGCUGGGCUAAGACCGGGCCUUUCAAAGCAACAACGCUCAGAACCGGGUCAGAGCAAAGUUGGCAAGAGAACCAAUUGUAAACCCCCAGAAAGUCCUCCUGCUAAAAAAACAAAAUCCUUUCAGGAGGGAGAGCUUUCACCAAUCAAAAACGUACAUCUGUCACCCUGUCCGGACUUUUCAUUUGAAGUUAGCGAGGAUGAAGAAGAAGAAGGGAAGGUGAAUCACGGAGAUCCACAGGGCUCUGAGGUUUUAUUUUGUAAACACUGUGACUUCAGAGAGGAAGACUUCAAUCUCAUGUCCUUGCACUAUCAGAAUGAUCACCCGUACGUCCGAUGCACCGCCGCCUACGUUAGCAACUCAAAUGACCACAGUGCAACAUUCCGCUGCUUGGAAUGUCCAGUUGAGUUUUCAAGCGCAGUUGACCUGAAGUGGCAUUACACAGAAAAGCACCCAGCAGCUCCAGAUGUAUUCAAGUUAAAGUCGAGUGAGCUCUGCUUACAUUUUAAAUGCUUCCAAUGCAGUUUCACGUGUGAUGCAUUAAAGCCUCUUCGACAGCAUUACAAAGAAAACCACCCAGCAUGCGACGUGGACAACUCUUUGUUGUUCUGUCGUUAUUCAGUCACUAAAUCCUCCCAAGAUGAGGAAUCUUGUGAGUUGCAUAAAAAGUCCCCUUGUCCGGAAUCGAUAACUGAGAGAUCCCCUGAAAGAGAAAGUCAAGCAAGGACAGAAAUCCUGGAGACGCCUUCUCCCCAACGCCUGAACCCCACCAGGCCAGACGUGCACACAUGCGAGUUCUGUACAUUUUCCCACAAGUCCGUUGUUGUUUUGCAUGUCCACUACAGAAAACACCACCCAGACGAAGCCAACAGCAUAGCCAAAUUAAGACGGUUGUCGAGUUCCCCGUCAUCCAAGUCACCGCAGACCCCCCAGAAAGCAACGUCAAAGAAAGAAGAUCCCGACCCGUCCAAGCAAAAGAGGGUUUUGUUCAUGCAAGUGGGGGAAGCAUCGACGUUAACGCACCCCACUUCAAAGGAGCAUGUAAGGAAACAUCAGGGUGAAGCUCAAACGGAUGCACAAAUGAAGAGUAAGGAGGCGGACGCUGAAGAUCUCUCCGCAGCGAAAUCCAAAGCUUACGGAGAUGCAGAAAAACUGUUCUACUGUGAGACAUGUAACUAUGGAAAUCCGUCUGUGAAAGGAAUACAAAACCAUCAGAUGCAAAUCCACAGGCAUACAGUUGACCACGAGUUUGUUGCCGCAUACACGUCUAUGAUCUGCGAACAGAUAAAGAAAUCAAAAGCUGCUAACAAGGGCUCAUCUUUUUUUUCUCAUUUACCGCGCCCCAUCCUUAACCGUGGUGACGAGAAUCGUUUCUUUUGCCCCAUAUGCAACUACAGGCACAGUAAUAUCAAAAAAGUAAUGAGCCACCGUUCACAGAGUCACAGUGAAUUUGAUGUGAAGUCUGCACACAUACAGCAAUACACCACUGAGGUUUUAAAGCAGAUGAAGAAGACCCCACCAGAAAUCGAAGUAAACCGAAAGAAAGAAGAGGACAAAAAGAAACUCGACGCCUUGGAUUCACCAUCGGUAAAAACCCCACAAGGGGAGCGUAAGCUCCAGUGUUACCGAUGCGAUUUUUACACUCCCUUUGUUUUUGUGCUGAAGAGGCACUUGAUGAAGGUGCACAACGUGUGCCGCGCAUUCAAAGACGUUAUCCGGCAUUGCUUUCGAGCGGGAUCGCUAGGGUCAGGCUAUCACUGCGAGUGGUGUGUCUUCAGUCAUGAGUACGCAGUAGGACUGUACAAACACUACCAAACGCAACACCCAAAUAGACAGACGAGCUACGUCUAUAUUGACACACAUUUAUACGCUGGUCCCAUGUUACUACAAGCAAAUAAAAAGAAACCCAAACUUGUAACUACUAUUUAUCCUAUGUUUAAAAAGAAUAGUAAAGAAAAGCCAAGCUCAACCAGCCAGGUGGAAGACCUCAGCAAAAUACCGGGAUUAUUUGAAUCUUUUCAGGUGCCUCUAGAUGAAACUGAUGACCAAGCAUUGCCCGCCCACGAAGAGUUCAAGUGUCCGUCCUGCCCGGAGAGUUUUAGGUCCCAAAACAACCUGAGCGCUCACCGUAGAGCCAAACAUAAGAAUGUGGUUGAAACCCAAACGGAAGCACCAAUGCAUGUACAUGUCUUCAGGUGUCUGCGUUGUCCCUACAUCAGCAACAUCUACCAAGGAGUUAUCACUCACAGCCAGAUGAAGCAUCCUAACACAGUACCUGAUAUCAACAGUCUGCUCCUAAGUGCCAAAUACUUGCACAACUGGGAGGAAUACAUGAAAAACAGAGAGUGCGGGGAGGUUCCAAAAGUUCAUGGAUAUGUGUGUGAAAAAUGUCAGCAAAUCUAUAAAACACUAAAAAAACUGAAGAAGCACUGUAGCGCAGUUCACCCGGUAGGUGAGCCAAACUCUGUUCAAGACAAAGACGCUUCCGAUUCAUCUGAUAAGCUCCAUGGUGACAAAGGAUCCUCCUCCACAACCUUAUUUUUGAACAGGAAGAAAUACGGCAAGAUUAAGUGUCAGCACUGCUCGUACGUGUGCAACUCUAAAAUCGCAUUCAAUCAACACUUGCAUAGUCAGCACAAGUCCUUCGCCUCUAAGGAUACGUUCAAAUGUGCUCUGUGUUCUCACGUCUUCUUCCAGAAGAAGAAACUGAAGUCUCAUUACAUUAAAGAACACGACAAAAGUGCAUACUUGAAAUACUACGUGCCGUUGUGCAAGAAGUACAAGACAUCUCAGGACUCAGCUCAGCAACCAAAAAUGGACUCCACUGACAAUAUGAGGCUAGUCUUGAAGUGUCCAGUCUGUCCCUAUGUAAAUACGAAGCACCAUGGAACGCUUACCCACUGCCAGAUGAAGCAUCCGGAUGUUUUCGUAAGAGCGAACGAACUUGAAACGAAGGAGAUGCUUCUACCUGAGCUACCUGGAUGCUUGACAGGAAAAAGCUCCAGCGAAGGAGGGUACGUUUGUGACACAUGUGGAGAGUUUAUGAAGUCAUCUACGAAGUUUAAGACCCACUGUCAGAGGAAUCACAAAACGCAAGGUGUUUCCAGUCCAUCACGGGACACAGAGGUGGAGAAAACUCCUGUUAAAACUCCCCCAGUGAAGCCUCCAUCAGAAACUGCUUUCAGUUCGAGCGAUCUUGAAUCCAGUCCUUCCAAAAAAUCUCCUGCGCAAGGAGACGUUGCGUACAAAUGCCAGCUCUGCUCCCACAGAACCACCUGUCGAAAGUACUUGCGCAGCCACUAUCAAAACACACACAAACUGGAUGGAAUUUCCAUCUACAAGCUUCUGGAGAAAUACAACAGACGUAAACGCAGUUACCUAAGUCAAUGCUCUCCAGGCGAAAAGCACAAAAAUGUUCAAGGCGAAGAAAGCAUCCGAGUCAGGUGUCGGCAGUGUCCAGACGUGGUUCUGGACUCUCAGCAGUUGCUUAUUGAACACUACAGUAAUUUUCAUGGCCUGGGCAGCAAACUGGAGUUCAAAGUGCUAUCUUCUGGAGUGAAAAAGAACAGCACGGGGAUCUACAAAUGUUACCACUGUUUGGCGAAAUUAUACGGCACCAGAAAGCUCCACUAUCACCUGGAUAGCCACCGAGCCGAGCUGAUGAAACAGACCAAGGUCUACAGGCAGGAUGGACUGUCCACGUUUGAAAAUGUGGAGGAACGGAAGAGCUCGCGGGCUGAGGAGGUCGCUCCGUCGUCCCCUUUGAAAGUGGUCAAGGCGGAUCCAGAAGCAACAGAAGAUGGACACACCUGUAAGCAGUGUGGGAGAACAUUCAUGUCUCUGAGCGGCCUCCAUUCGCACGAGCAGAGCCAUGCGGCCCUGGCAGCCAUCAAGAAGCUGGACCAUCCGUCCACCUCAGAGGAUAACCUCGAAAUCGACAAGUAUUUGGUUCACAAGACCGGGACGCUGAAGCCUUUCCGCUGCAGCUGCUGCUCCUAUCGGACGACCCUCCUGGGUCUUCUGCGAAGGCACUUUAUGAAGAAGCAUCAAGACGUCAUCCAGAGGGACAUCAUGACUAAGAGCAGCAGCAGCAGCGAGCAUCCCUCUCCAACAUCCGGGAAGACGCCUCCUUAUCAGAUCGACACUUUUUCUGACCUUGAUGUCGAGCCUGAAGAGUCUGAAGAAUCUGUGUACUCGGAGCCUCCAGAUGUCCAGCGGCAGUUGAACCACUACAAUCUGAUGGCCCAAAAUCCCUCCAAAGAUUCGGACAGUUUCUCCUCACCAAAGCUAGCUAAAAGCAGACGCUUUUACUGUGAGUUUUGCGACUUCGAGACCGAACACCCGUCAAGCAUUCGGCGGCACUACUUGAGCCAGCACGGCAAGAAGAUCCUCCGGUGUAAAGACUGCAGCUUCUUCACCGGUUUGCGGAAAUCUCUGGAGAUGCACAUCGAUACGGGUCACCUCACCGUCCAGCCCACGACCACCUAUCAGAAGGACUUCCGCUGCCCCUUCUGCCUCUACCAAAGCAAGAACAAGAACCACAUGAUUGAUCACAUCGUCCUGCACCGCGAGGAACGUGUCGUUCCAAUCGAGGUGCACCGGCCCAAACUCUCGCGGUACCUCCAGGGGAUCGUCUUCCGCUGCCACAGAUGCACGUUCAGCUGCGGAAGCGCCAAAGCCCUUCAUGUCCACAUGAUGAGGCACAGCGAUGUCAAGCCCUUCAAGUGCCGGCUGUGCUACUUCGACUGCACUCUGCUGAAGGACCUGGAGGAACACCUGAGCGAUAAACACCAGGUUGUGAGGAAUCACGAGCUUGUGGGUCAGGUGAGCCUGGACCAGCUGGAAUCCAGAAUCGACAAGAGGAAAGAAAAAGAUCUGGAUUUGACAGAUUUUCAGGACUGCGCUGACAUCUCUGAAGCUGAGAACAUGAGCAACGACGACAACGAGAAGAAAACGAUCCUCAAAGAACUACUGGAGAAGCGAGACGAGGAUAGAAAGGAAGAAAACUCUUCCAAGAGCGCUACCGACCUUCAGUGUGAGGCCACAAACCACAAACCUGGCCUCCAGGAGCUCGCAGAAGCUCAAACAGCUUUGAUUCACUCGGUAGGAGAGCUGGAGGCUGCAAAUGUCCAUCAGAAGGAGGACUGCAGUGAUCUUGAAGGAGAAGCACACCAGAAGAUGAAUCAAGACAACCCUCGACAUAGUUUGAACGCAGAGAUGAAGGAGGAGGAUGUGACCAAUGUAUUGAGCUCCAUCAAGGAGGAAGAAGAUCUUAAUGAUGACAGCACCGGCAGCACCGUCCCUACCCUGAAUGAUCACGUCAACACAACUUGUUCCUCACCUUCUGUGGAGGACGCCAAGGACGGCUCCUCUCCUGAAAACCCUCUCCAGCCGCCCGUCAACGCAGACUCCAUCGCCCUGAAGGAAUGUAAAGAGGAGCUAGAGCAAAUAGAUAUUCAGGAGGCACCAGAACACUUUGGAGAGAUGCCGGUGCUGGAGAACGAGCUGCUGAAGGAGGAGGACAACGAAGAAGAAAGGAUGGUCUCAGAGGACGGCGGGACCUGUGACAAGAAGGAGGAUAUUUCACGUGUGGAUGAAGCUGCUGUAGUCCUGCUCCCCCCUCGGUUCAAGUGUGAGUAUUGUGGGCGAAACUUCCCGAACACUUUUGAACUGACACGCCACGUGGCUCGCCACGGACUCUGACGCUUUUUUCCCCGCACGCCGCUGAAGCAGCUCGCACCCACCUGAAUGAAUGCAGAACUGUACCUUAUGAGCCGUUCACUGUCAUCUCCCCUUUUUCUUUAUGUGAAACCAGACUAAACCUAUUUUUCGCAUUUUUCUAGAUUCUUUUUAAACUUUUUCUAAGAAAAUGUUUUAUACAACAUGUGUUAUUCAUAGUUUGAUUUGAUUCAGUGGGAUAUGGUUUAGAGAUAGAUGGUGAACUAUUUUAUGAUCUAUUUCCUGAGGUGUUUUGUUCAUGUGGAUUAAAAGUAAUUUCUGUUUAAGUGAUUAAGUUUAACACAGUAUGAUACAGAUGAAGUUAUAGAAAUCGGAAUUACAUUUGAAUUAAAAACAAAAAAUGUUGCCUUCAUGUACCAUUGGAUACCUUACUACACUUCUGCAACCAAGUUAAGCUACAUGACCUUUACAACUGACAGUAUUAAAGAAUUAUUAAACACA